GUGCUGUGCUGGCUUUUGUUUUUGGGCUACGAAAGGAAACUCUGGAUUUGUUUUUCAAAAACAGACUGAAGUUUUAUACCUGAAAAACUCAGAUCAGUUUUUUUUUAUUUGGUUCUAAUGUCACAUGGUGAACACAUCUUUGUUACCAGAGUGAAAGGAGGAGAAAGAGAUGGAAAGACAAAGUUGCGUGGUGUUGGUAAAAUGAAAGAGGAGUCUGGUGGCAGGAGUGUAGAGGAGGCAGCAUAUGGCUGUAGAAAGAGCACAGCUGGAGGUAGCAUCUCCAUCUGAGGAUGAUGUCAGAGCAGCUGACAGGCUGCCAUCCACCCCACCUCCUCCUCCUCCUCCGUCCCUCCACCCCUCCCAGUCCUUUAUUGUGAGUCUCAGCGGCAGCCUGGGAGAGUUAGUGUUCUCUGUGUGUGUGUGUUUGUGUGUGUGUUUGUGGCUGCCGAUCAGCGCCAGUUAGGGGGAGGAGGAGGAGGAGGGAGGUGGUAUUUCGUUCCCCCUCCAACAUCUCCUCCACUUUGCAUCUGUCCCUCGCAGUUUGAACAGUGUGGUGUGGUUUUUUUUUGCCUGCCUCCCUCUUCUACUUCUACCCACUCAUUGAUUCGGCAAGAGCGGACGAGGAAGCGAAAGAGCAAGAAAGAAAGAAAAGGAAGAGAUAUACACAGGCAGUCGCAGCCAGUGUGUCCAGAUAUUCUGCUACAGUGGAGUUAAUCAAGUUGAUGCAUACUGCUGCAGGUUAUGAGGACGGCAGGAUGGAGUUCCCAGACCACAGCAGACAUUUACUCCAGUGUCUGAGUGAGCAGCGGCACCAAGGCUUCCUGUGCGACUCCACGGUGCUGGUGGGUGAUGCCCAGUUCCGAGCCCACCGCGCCGUACUAGCCUCCUGCAGCAUGUACUUCCACCUCUUCUACAAGGACCAGCUGGACAAGAGAGACGUGGUGCACCUCAACAGCGACAUUGUCACAGCGCCGGCGUUUUCGCUGCUGCUGGAGUUCAUGUACGAGGGCAAGCUGCAGUUCCAGAACCUCCCUGUAGAGGAUGUGCUGGCAGCGGCCAGCUACUUGCACAUGUACGACAUCGUGAAGGUGUGUAAGAAGCGGCUGAAGCAGAAAGCCACCGCGGAGGCAGACAGCACCCGCAAGGAGGAUGACGGCGGGUCCAGUUGCUCCGAUAAAGCUGACAGCCUUUCCGAGGGCUCCACUGGCCGACCGGCAACAGCUGACCUACUGCAAAGCGACGAGGAAGAGGAUGGGAAAACAGAUGGGGGCCCGCUGUGGCUGCGGCUGCCUUCCGCAGAUCGACCAGCGUCACCCGCCAUGCCUACAGCCAGCCCCGGACACAGGGAGGCAGAGAUACAGGGCGCUGAAGUCCUGACAGACGGAGCCAAGCUGCUCUCCCCGGCCGGCAGCCCCACCAGCUCUACUGGAUCUCUAUCGCAGAGAUCUCACCGCUCGGUGAGCUCUCGCGGGGGCCACAGGGGCCGCAGAGUCUCCAAUGAUGCAGCCGACUGCGUCCUGGACCUGUCCGUCAAGCCUCUUGCAGGUAGCAACCACACCAAUCACCACCCGUCGUACUUCAGUGGGGCAGCGACCCCAGAUAGCCUCCAAAGUCCGCUGGCGGUGAGAGUGAAGGUGGAAAGGGGCGUGGCCUCUGACGAGGAAGAUGAACUGGGAGGUGGGGAUUAUGACAUGGAGCACAGUGGCAUCACCAAGGUGUCCGCUCCCAGCACCAACGGCGGCCUCGCCCACCACGGGGUCGGUGGGCCUCUGUCUGUGCAGCGCAGACUGGGCCUGGAGGCGCACCUGACCGCCAUGAGGGAAGCGGCCUUGGCGUCCGAGCUGGAGCGGGACGAGAAGCCGACAGCCACGGCCGACGGCGAGGACAUGCUGGGGGAGAGCGAGCGCGCUCAGGCCGAGGCGGCCAGCAUGGACAACUCUUUGCUGCCUUACGUCUCCAACAUGCUGUCGGCCCAGCACACCCAGAUCUUCAUGUGCCCGCUGUGUAACAAGGUGUUCCCCUCGCCGCACAUCCUCCAGCUCCACCUCAGCUCCCACUUCAGAGAGCAAGAGGGCAUCCGCUCCAAGCCGGCCGGUGAUGUCAACGUUCCCACCUGCACCAUCUGCAGCAAAACCUUUUCUUGCAUGUACACGCUAAAGCGACACGAGCGGACACACUCUGGCGAGAAGCCGUACACCUGCACCACCUGCGGGAAGAGCUUCCAGUACUCUCACAACCUCAGCCGCCACGCCGUGGUGCACACGCGGGAGAAGCCUCACGCCUGCAAGUGGUGCGAGCGGCGGUUCACCCAGUCCGGCGACCUCUACCGACAUAUCCGCAAGUUCCAUUGUGAACUGGUGAACUCACUGUCAGUGAAGAGCGAACCACUGGCGCUGCCUAACGUCAGGGAUUGGGCCAUUGAGGACAGCUCACAGGAACUGUGGAAGUAGACUGCUGGUGGGAUGAAGGGAGGCAAGCAGAGAGUUCGGUGGGUGGCAGUUAAAUAUUUGGGGGUUGAGUGAGUCAUGUACUUGUAUGUUGCAAAAUCUCAGUCAAUUGCACUUUAAUAGCACAUGAAAAUGUUACUACUGACUUGUUUUUGACCUUUAUUUGUGAACUGUUUUUUUUUUUUUUUUUUCAAUUCAGUUCCGUUUUGGUGGCUUGUUCCGUCUGAAGUCCUGAAGGGACUGUCUCAUGUUUUUGAAGUGUUUUUUUCCUCAGACACAAACACUCUGACGGCGGCAGUAAACGCUGCAGCAGGAGUUCAGGUCGCAUACACUGAAGUUUAGGAAACACUAAACGGGUUGUUUUUUUUUGUGUGAUUCCCACGAGCCGAUAGCAUCACACACCGUCAUCAGACAUGUGUUUGUGUGCGUGUGAAGACGUAUGUGCACAACUCUGGCAGACAUCGCACCUGACAUGCAUGAGUGUGUGUGUGUGUGUGUGUGUGUGUGAGAGAGUGUGUUUCAUGUGUUGAUUGAAGUUGUGCUCCUCUGGCUCGGAGGUGUUGUUGGCGCUGCCCGCUUCACUUCUUAAGCUCUUUGGUAUUGACUGACAAACUGAUGGCACUCAUGGAAUGCACAGCCUCCUUUUUCACUUCCAAUCAAUUUGAAGUAUUUUAAAUAAAUUCUAAUUAUUAUUAUUAUUAUUAUUAUUACUAUUUAAAUAGAUUUGUUUUCUUAAAUCUAGAUGGCAGUCUUUUAAAAAUCACUUGUUGACAAAAAAAUAAUUUAAUUUAAUGUUGUUGUAUACUGUUCUGCUAUAGUUUAAAUAUUUUUUUUAAAUUAAUGAAUACUUUUAUUUGCUACUUUUUUGUAACAGGACCUGCUGUUGUUGCAUGAUGUCCAGACUUGUAUAUUUUUAAAUAAAAAAAAUGUGAAUUUGCUGUAAUACUGUACAAUUGUAAUUGAUCAAAUAUUUGACAAUGGGCUUUUCUUAUAUUUGUGAAUACUACUCCAGGGUGCAGUCUGUUGAAUAUGUUUCAUAUGAAAAGAAAGUGCAUGUUAUUUUUUUUUCCCGUCUUAAAUGGCUCUGUUGCGUUGGGCGGGUCGGGACGGGGGGAGAGUAACAGUCAACAGCGAGGAGGUUUUACCGUCACUCCUAGAUGAGUGUAACCGAAUGUGUUUCCAUUGGAUGUUGAAGCAUUUGAAGCCUGUGUCUAUAUGCACUGAUCUCUCUCUACUGUGUGCGUGUGUGUGCGUGUGUGUGUGUGGUGACUCGGUUAUUACCGGUCAAUUGAAUCUACUGAAGAUCUACGUCCAUCCAGCACUUCCUCCUCCACUGCUGUUUUUGUUUAUCUCCCACUCUGGCUCUAAACAUAGUCGUUGUUUCUGCUGAUUGUGCAUCUCUCCGCGCUCCGUCAAGUGCAGUUAUGACUUAUGUGAAGGAUACUGAGGCGUCACAGGGACUGAAACUGAGCUGUCCUGCUGAAACUUGUCAGACAUUUUUGUCACAUCUCAUGUUGAACUUGAAUCUUGUGUGUGUGUGUGUCCUUAUUUGGAUGCGGAGGGUUAUCAGGAUGCACCUUUCCGAAGCGAAAAUAAUUGAAAUGCCUUCUCUUUAUUCAUCAUAUCUGGAAUAUUGUAAAAUAUUAAGGUGAUAAAUUCAUUUUAUCAAAGAAAUAUCUCGCUGAAAAUAUUUUCAAAUUGAUGGUCAAGCGUCAAAAACAAUCCGAAACACUUGUACUCAACGUUUUCCUAUGCUGGCAGCCUUCUCGUCGUCCCAUGAUGGUGCAUGUGGUGGGUGGAGGUGUGUGUGUGUGUGUGUGUGUGUGCCGCCCUGUCAUCUGGUGGCAUCUACGGGCGCUGCCAAUGCAGUAGCGGGAGCGACACAGCGGCGGUUUAACACGCCGUCGCCUUGUUUUCUGAGAAACGUUGUGUAUUCACUGGCAGCAUCUCUGCGUUCGGCUCGCCCCAAUCCUGCUGUUAUGUCCAUCACCACUGCUGGUUCUGUUUCUCUGGUUGUACUUGACCGCCUUAAACUGCUGUAGUCUGGACUGUCUUUUUUAAUAUUCGGAUUAUUAUUAUUUAAGUGUGAGUGUUGGGUGGAGUGAACUGGACGCUGUGAACUAACCACCCUGAUGAAAACAUCUCCAUCUUUUGCUGUGUUUACUUGAAAACCUAGGGAACGGGGUGGGGGGGCGGACAGAUUUUUUUUUUAAGGUAUAAAAUGUCUUAGACAGUUUAUGAAGGGAAGAUGGGUUGGAGGGGCAAAGUGACUGAGUCUGUUUUUAAAAAAGGACAAUCAAUGUCUGGGAAAAAAGCAGAUUUGAAUUCAGAUGUAUUUGCUCCCCGCUGAGAUUCAAAGAAAGUUAUUUUAUCUGAUUUAGUUUUUUUAGCUUUUGACAAUCAUAGCUGGUUUUAUUUUUGUUUUGUUUGUUUUUUUUCUCAAGGGGAGUGAAUUUACUUGUGUUUAGUUUUGUAAUUUUUGGUGUGUUGUUGUUGACAUUUUUAAAAUUGUGUGCAAACUGCAAUAAAUUAUAAGAAUCUUGAAAUUCUAA